GUGGCAACAUUGCCCCGGUUAAACCGAAGUUUUCUGUUUUGUUUUAAAAAUAUGUUAAUGAAAUUAUUAGACAUUUGAUUGAAUUCUUCCAAAUUAGACUUUACUAAUUUUUUCCUUUUAUUAAAGUUCUUGCCUUUAGUUCACUAAUAGUCUUUGGUAAUUCUGAACUUAUAACUUAAGAUGUAUUUCAGAAACUUCGAAAUGAAAUACGACCGAUUCUAUUGUAACUACGAGUAAAAGCAUGGAAGAAGAAAUUUCUGGUUUUUCAUAUUUAGGAAGCAAAAGAGAGAGUUAUGAAAUUUCUUCGAAUCUGCUUAAAUACUGUCAUAGGCCGGUUAAAACAUUAUUUAACCCUGGAGAUGUAAUAACUGAUUCAGAAGAUGAAACGCAUGUCUGGGAAGCCUGUGGGAACAUUGAAUAUGCUGAAAAAACAUCCAAAUUUGAAAGCAAAGAAACUCAAACAGAUUACAGAGAGAGUGAGGCUCAGACUGAUCCAUGGGACCCUCCUUACAAGAUAAUUAAAGUUAAUAAAGUACCUGAAGUACUUUCUUUAAAGGAGUUUUCUUACGGUAAUGGUCUUCCAGCUACAAAAUUAGAAGUUGAUUUCAUUAUUCAGACUCGGGAAAAUAAUAAAUUAACUCAAACUUUAGAAGGAGACGAUAGUGAAAAGGCUUUCUUAAAAAGAAAGGAAAUUUUGAAAGAUCAGAUUAAAACAAAUUGGAACUAUAAAGUUGCUAUCGAAAAUGAAAUGCAACUAAAGAAACUGGAAGAAAUUAAGUCUUCCCUGAUGAAUGAAUUGAGUCAAAGAUCUGAAAAGCGAGGAUAUAUUUUAAAAAAUAUGUGGAAUCGUAAAAAGGAAGAGAUGAAAAAAAAGCACGACAAGUUAGAAGGAAAGCUUAGAAAAGAAAUAAAUGCUAUAGAACAUCAUCUACAGAAUAUGGAAGGCGACUCUUCUAAAAUCUUUACUGAAUCUGAAAAUGUAGAAGAUCCUUUUGUCAAUGUUAAGAAUUAUAUUUUAACUGAAGAGAACAUGGAUUACUUACAGAACAAUUUCUCUCUCUCCAAUUUUCAAGAUCUGUUAACAAUUAAAGACUGGCUGGAGAAAAAGCAAACUGUAUUGAAGAACAAAGUGCCUCUUACUAGGUUAACCAGGAAAACACAAAGAGAGUCAUUAUCUGAAGAAGCUUACCAAAACUAUUUAGCUAAGAAGAGGACAAAAGUUCCCCCUAAGGUUUAUCAUGAAGAUUUUCAACGGGAAGAAGUUCCACUACCAACUACGAAACCUGAAGAUGUGGCUGAAUUCAUAGAUCUAGAUGAAAAGAAGAUUGAUAUGGUUACAGUUUGGCAACAAGUUUUAAGAGGAUUAGCUAUUCAAAAGCAGAUGUUACAUUUAAUUGAAAAGCACAAAGAAGCAAUUGAUCUUUCUUUGUCUGAAGUCACUAAGGAAUGAGAUUAUGUUUGCAACAUCUAAUUAUGUUCAAUAGUAUUCUGGAACUUGAUAUGUGUGCUUUAUUCAAAAUUUUGUUAUAUAUCUUGUAAGUUAAUUGUAUCCAAAAUUUGUAAGAAUAAAAUAUAUUAUAUGUCUA